AUGGCAGCCGGCAGCCCAGGCUCGAUCCGGUCCCAGCUCAUUGGCGCGUGGGAACUAAUCGAAUAUGUCGCCUACCUGCCCAAUGACGAAUCGAACAAAUUCUAUCCAAUGGGGCAGGAUGCAAAGGGAAUCAUCAUGUACACCCCCGACGGCUAUAUGUCCGCGCAGCUCCAGACACCAGGACAGAAGCCCUUCGGAGACAGGUCAGGGUCAAAAGCCGGCUCAGAUGCCGACUGGGCUACCGUGGGCAGAAACUAUGUUGCAUACACCGGCGCCUUCUAUCUGGAUGAACGCGGUGACGACAAAGGUCGCCCAAUCUUGAUGCACAACAUGAGAAACUCGAACUUGCCGUAUCUGGUGGGUGACAUCCAGAGAAGGAUCAUGAGAUUUGUCGACGAGAGCGAUGGGAAAUACCUGGUGUUAAGCUUGGAUGAUCCUCUGAAGUUCGAUGGAGAGGACCGUUUGAUCAGGGUUAGAUGGAGGAGGCUGCCUUUGAACCAAGCAUCGACACCCCCAUGA